CGGUAAAGUCGAUACAAAACAGCGCAUAUAGAUGUUGCCAAUGCGAUAGAUUUGAAACAUGUUUUAAAUGCAAUAUCUGGAGAUAUGUGAAUAAAAAAGAUACCAAGAAUUUAGUGCAGAACUCAGAAGUAGACGAACAUGAAAAGGAUGGCGAAGCUCGCCAGUCCACUGGUUGUAGGCUUUGCAUUGCUUCUAAUAGGAAGUACACACGCACAAGUUAAACCCGCUGCUGACCGGCAAUGUCAGCUCUACGACCUUGAAACUGGAGCGACAUUAACAACAAACACGUUCAGUUUGACCAUUCAAGAAACAGACUUCCAGGCCAAUAAGGGGCAGACUGUUAUUCUGCCUCUGCACGGUAACGGUUUGACAUUCGCAACUCCGAAUCCCGCAGAUCAAGCGACUGUAAACCAAUAUGGUAUACAGUUCUUCAGGGAUUCCACCGACUAUAAUGUCAUUUCAAUUGAUAAUGAGAUCAACAGGGAUGGGAUUGAUGCAGAACCAAACGACGACUUGGAUAUUAUUGCUUUAAAUUUCAACUGUGAAUACACUGACGGCACCAAUACCUUUGUGCAAACAUUCACAGUGAAUCUAUUAGUUGAUGACGCCAACGAUAAUUCUCCUGAAUUCCAAGGUGCAUCAUACAGCGUCAACAUUAAAGAGGCACUGCCGAUCUCCAACACAGUUUUUGACAACAUUGUAGCUUCUGAUAAAGAUGCCAACCAAAACAUGGAAAUCCGUUUUUCGAUUAGUUCUGGGCAAGACUAUCCUCCAGGCAAUGAUAUUUUCCGAAUCCAAGACAGUGGAUUGGGUGCCGUUGAUCUUUUCCGGGCUCUAGACUAUGAGUCAUUGUAUGAAGCCGGAAAGACGCAGUUUCUUUUGGAAAUCCUUGCAAGAGACAACAAUGCUGAUGUAACGCUUCAAAAGACAUCAACGCAAACUUUGACAAUUAAUGUUGAAGACAGCGAUGAUCUUAGCCCAACCUUCUACUAUUCUGGCUGUAGGCAAGUCCAGGGGCUCGCCGAUUCCUGCGUCGUUGCUACGUAUUCAUCUUCCAUCACGUCAGGAAAUACGGGAGUAUUAUCAGUUGUUCCCUUGAUCGAUGGAACAGAAACCACGCCUGGGACCAUUCAGGCUUUCGAUUUGGAUCGGCUGAACGGCCAAAUCAACUUUGUAAUUGAGAAAACUAUCCCCAUCGGUUACGAGAAUCAUUUUGCAGUAACAAGCUCGGGGCCCACAGCGGUAACCGACCUUACAGGUCGCGAUGUUUAUUCCGCAAUAGUCACGCAAAUCUCGUCAAUAAAUCUACAGGACCUCAGGUGCUUCGACAUCAUUUUGAGGGCCGAACAAGUUGAUGACCAGACCAAAUAUCGAACAGCUGUGAUUCAGACCAAUUUUGAGGCUAACACCGUGAACACUACCAGUAGUACUACCAACGUGAACACUACCGGUAGUAAUUCAAACUCCAACAGCUUCAAUGCAUACAUCUUUGGGCCACUCCUUUUCUUUUUAAUUUACAAUUUCUUUUGAUAGAAAUGUCCACUGGGUGGUAAAAAGAGAGGAAAUGUUUCAUACAGCGGAGGUUCUUCACAUCAAUAGUAAUCAGUUUUAAUCCUCAUUGAUCAUAGCCAAUAAGUAGAUAGUAUUUAAAAGUUAGAGGUAUCACUUACAAUAAACAUGUAUUAAAUUACACAUAUAUUUGGACGUUAUUAAUUUAAACACCCUUCAUUAUAUUCGGAAAUAAUUUGUGUAUUGCGUUUCGAUAAUAGUAUGAUGUUUUAAGGGAUAUAUCAAUCGCUAAUUAAAAGAAAAGUUUCAACUAAUAUUGGCACCACAUUUUACUUGUUUUAUAAAUAGCAGGGCUCUUUUAACAAAAGCUAUACUAAUAUUGUGUUCAAGUAAAUCUUAUCGAAUAAAACAAAUCCUGCGUGCAGGCAAUACAUGUUUGAAUAUACAUUUAUAAAAUCCUGUGGUAUUGGAGUACACUUAUUUUACAAUUGCUUUACAAAGUGUGGUUUCAUUCUGACAUGUCCGUUACCUUUUCGUAACGAACAUGUCUUAUUGACGCUCACACACCAACAUCAACAUCAACAUAGCAUCAAAAACAUCAAUGACAUAUGGAUAUAACAUUGAUCACGAAUAAAUUUUAUACCCAAUUUCAAAAAAAUAUAUAUAGAAAAAAUGGGAUAAUGUUAGUCAUUUACAUCUUUUUUAUUAACGUUGAAAUUUCUUCCAAAACAAUACUCGGUAACGUACAUGUCAGUAACGGAAUCUUACAACUAAAGAUGAUGUGACACUUGUUUUAACCAUAGAUUUUAAUUAGCAGUGUCAAAAAGGGAAAUAAAUGUUGCGAGUGCUUGCGUUGUUAUCGGCAUCGCACGGGCCUUUAUACAUGAAUACGUCGGUCAUGUUUUUUUUUUAAAUUAUCAUUUAAAAUGAGCUUAUGAAUUACAUCAACAUCACCAAUACCAUAGUUGUCAACAGAGUUGGUCAACAUUUCCAUUAAAGACCAAAUCAGCAGUAGCAACAAUAACAACAAAGAAUAGCAAAGUCAUUAAUAUGACCAAAAUGCUAAAACUACUCACAUAAAUGCCUAGGCUCAAUUCCCAUAACGGAAGCUGUAGGGUUUGUGCGCAGGAUUCCACGUGUUAUAUUUACAGCUGUUACAUCAUCAGGCCGAGUCAUAACAGGUGUAUGACCUCACAGGAAGUGGGAUAUAAUGGGUGGCGAAUGAUGGUGCAUGAACCUUAUGAAAAAUAAUUGCAAUGCAACUGUAUGUUAAGUAGAAAUAAAGCACGUUGAUGUAAAUCAAUGAGAAUACAGUGUCCAAAGUGCGAAUACCACGUACGCAACUUACAUUUUCUAAUUCUAAUUUGAUGUUAUCAUAAAAAAGAAUAUUUAAAAUAAAAUUUGUUUUCAUUUAUAAUAUUGGAUGGUGAAACUACUAUUAAAAUAUGAAAUGCCAUAAGCCUUCAAAUGGAGAAAAUCUACACAUGCGGACAUGUUAUAUGGGGAACUACACCAAUUCUCAAUUCUGGCUAGAAUGCUAGAAUAAUUGAAAUAAAUUUAUUUUAGGUGAUACCAAUAUUAACCCUUCCUUUGUAUAUAAUGCAAUGCUCCACUCCCUGAUAAAAUAUAAAUGGUUAAAUACAAUAAAAUAUAUACUUAACAACUCAGGAUACUCAUAACUGUAUGAAAGUCGGCACGCAAUACGUUACAAGAACAGAAGCAAUAUAAUUAAACGAGCUUUACUGGAUCAUUUUAUUUAAACAUGGUCAGAGUCCAUGUCAAUUUCAAAUAAAGGGAAACAUUGUGUCAUCAAGGAUCAUAUGCAGCUUGAGCCUAACUUAAAAUGAUCCCCUCAAGACAAGCCAUAUCCUGUAGACUAAGAACCAUGAACAUUACAUGGACAAAGGACGCUUGAAUAGUUCCCCUUAUGAAGAAAGAUAGAGUACUUUAUGUGACAAAAGAUAUUUGGGAGAUCGUUUCCACUACCUCUUGUCUGUAGCUACUUGAAUGAACAACGAUUUAAGUACAUUAAUAUUAAUGUUUUCGUAUGCAUCCAAAUAUAUUGAACUAUCGAGGAGUACUGCAAUCAAAUAAUACUACAGUUUUAAGUAAACUGGGUGCAUUUGCUGAGUAUUUUAUUAAAAUGUAAAAAUAUAGCACUUACCUAUCACUAUAUCUUUAAUUUCGUGUAGAUGUUCCUUACACAAAAAACAAUAACAACAAAAGCACAAUAUCACGAUCAUAUUACAACACAGAGAUUUGCUUCUUCAUUUGUCCAUGAAAAACUACUUGAUUCAUCAAACCCAACCAAACGUCGUGGAUGUGUUUACUUCCACAAUUAUCUUUCUGUUUAUAUCUUCUGUUUAUUUCAUGUUUUUGUUUUCAUUUUAAUCAUUCGGAUCUUUGCAUAAAGAUUAAAUUCAUCAUAAUCCUAAACUGACAACUCACAGUGUUCCAUUAAUACAUAUCAUUUAUAAACAAUUAAAAGUAACCCGUGGCCCUCGUGCUUAUUUUGUUAAGAUUCACUUUUUACCAACCACUCAGUGAGGCCGAGCAAUUACAUAUAUUUCUUUUGCUGUAUGUAGAUUUUACAUUUGUUGAUAAAAUGUAUUAAGUUAGUUUAUUUAUGUCGCAUCUGUGUAUGCUUGUUUUGACAUCAUCACGUGAUUAUUAAUGUUGUGGCAUCUAAUUCUAUUGCAAUAUUUUGUAUCGCGUAUGCAAUAAAGGCAAUUACUGUUGUUGUUGUUGAUAAAGAACUCUGAAGGACGCUGAAUAUUUGGCCAAGGAUUGCAUAAUUAAAACACAAGCACAUCUAAAUAAUUCACUCGUGUAGAAGCAGAAAAUAGCAUAGUCAUUAAUAGGCUAAUAAAUAGUUUCAUAUAUUA